GCAGAGACCCCGAGCGAGCUGUGGAGGCUACACUGUCUGGCAUUCUCUCAGCGUUUCGUCAGAGCCAGAUCCGCCUGCAGCUGAAGGAGGCGUGCUCUGCUCUGCUCCUCCAGCAGGCUGGAACCGAGCUGCGAGCCCAGUGCGCCUCUGCAGCCCCUUCGCGUCCCGCCACCCAGCAGCUCCCGGGUGGGACGUCCCGGAUCGUCGCUCUGAGCCUGGUGUGUCCUAUCCGCGAGUCUCCAGAAAGCUGCGGGGCGGCCACCGGACGCCCACUCCAGCAGGCAGCAGCAUGCAGCCGCUUCCAAGCCUGUGCGGACGCGCCCUGUUGGUGCUCUUUCUUGCGUGCGGUGUUGCUGGAGUCUGGGGAGAAGAGAGAAGAUCCCCGCCAGCCGAGGCAACUCCGCCACUUCUGGAGAUUGGAGAGAUAAUGACGCCUCCCACUAAGACCUCCUGGCCCGGAGGGUCCAACGCCAGUCUGCCGCAGUCGUCGGCACCUCCGCAGGUGUCUAAAGGAGGUAGGACAGCGGGGACUUGGCCACGCCCCAUCUCGCAUCCCCAGUGCAAAUCACCUAUCGAAAUCAAGGAGACGUUCAAGUACAUCAACACAGUGGUGUCCUGCCUUGUGUUCGUGCUGGGCAUCAUCGGGAACUCCACAUUGCUGAGAAUCAUUUACAAGAACAAAUGCAUGCGAAACGGCCCCAAUAUCUUGAUCGCUAGUCUGGCUCUGGGAGACCUGUUGCACAUUGUCAUCGACAUCCCCAUCAAUGUCUACAAGCUACUGGCGGAGGACUGGCCCUUUGGAACUGAGAUGUGCAAGCUGGUGCCUUUCAUACAGAAGGCCUCCGUGGGAAUCACGGUGCUGAGUUUAUGUGCACUAAGUAUUGACAGAUAUCGAGCUGUUGCAUCUUGGAGUCGAAUUAAAGGAAUCGGGGUGCCAAAAUGGACAGCAGUAGAAAUUGUUUUAAUUUGGGUAAUGUCUGUGGUUCUGGCUGUCCCUGAAGCCAUAGGUUUUGAUAUGAUUGUGAUGGACUACAAAGGAAGUCAUCUGCGAAUCUGCUUGCUUCAUCCCACUCAGAAAACAGCCUUCAUGCAGUUUUACAAGAGAGCUAAAGAUUGGUGGCUAUUUAGUUUCUAUUUCUGCUUGCCUUUGGCUAUCACUGCAUUUUUUUAUACCCUGAUGACCUGUGAAAUGUUGAGAAAGAAGAGUGGAAUGCAAAUUGCUUUAAAUGAUCACUUAAAGCAGAGACGGGAAGUGGCCAAAACUGUCUUCUGCCUGGUGCUUGUCUUUGCCCUGUGCUGGCUCCCCCUUCACCUCAGCAGGAUUUUGAAGCUCACUCUUUAUGAUCAGAAUGAUCCUAAUAGAUGUGAACUUUUAAGCUUUUUGUUGGUGUUGGACUACAUCGGCAUCAACAUGGCCUCCCUGAAUUCCUGCAUCAAUCCAAUAGCUCUAUAUUUAGUUAGCAAAAGAUUUAAAAACUGCUUUAAGUCGUGCUUAUGCUGCUGGUGCCAGUCAUUUGAAGAAAAACUGUCCUUGGAGGAAAAGCAGUCCUGCCUAAAGUUCAAAGCUAAUGAUCAUGGAUACGACAACUUCCGCUCCAGUAAUAAGUACAGCUCAUCUUGAAAGAAGGAUCAUUCACUUUUAUUUUCUUUUCUUAGGAGAGAAGUCAUUUUAGAAAUGAGGCAUUUGCCAAAACAAUAACAAAUCAAAACAAAAAACUAUGUGUUUGUCCCCCGAAAAAGUAAAAACGUACUUAACACAACACAAAUGGAUUUCCCACUUAACACUCAUAAUUACACAUGGCAUUUUAUGAACUGUUUACAGCAAGAAAAGAAAAACAGCAAGAGUUAAGAAAACUUCGUUGUCAAAGCACUUAAUAUUUUACAGUAAGCACUUGAACGUAGCUCUUAAUAAAUUCCAGGAUAUUCAUACAUCUCUUACAUUUAAAAUGAGCUCCUUCAGAAUGCAUACUAAAGAGGUUUAUUUUUAAAAUGAUGUGACUCUGAUGCAAAGGGGAAAAAAGUGUCAUUGUAAAACAGAAUUAUUAAGUUAUAAAUGAUUCAAUUAAAAUUUUUUAAAAGAACUUUUUAUUAAUAGUAUCACACCAUCAUUCAAAUUAUUAUUGGAUACAAAAUGUGAAAGCAAUUUAACUCGGUUAUUUUGUUGGGCAUCAGAAGCAUAUUUAAAUGAUCAGGAAGGAGAAAGUGAGAUCUAGGCUAAAUUUUUAAAAAUCCUUAAACUCUUCACAUUCAGAUUAGAUCAAAUAUCACAAGAGAAAGAGGUUUGGAAUGCUAUCCAAAAGACUUCUUUGAAAUCUCUCAUUCACAUACUCUUCAAAGAAAACACUACCUACAAUUUUUAAAGGAUGACUAAAAUUUUCUUCUUUUACUAUUGUAGUUUAAACCAUAUUUGUUUAGGUCCACCACCUGUAAAUACUCAGCUACACACACUACAUGUCAAUGCUUAAACCAGGGGCAGGCCCCAGCAUUAGAGCCUUAAGUAGACUGAUGACAAUUCCCCUAUAAUAGACAGAAUGUGAAUUGCCUAGAGCAGUGUCCACAUGGCAAAGGAGAGGUGACAUCCUCACACCCACGCUGUAGUUAAAAUUGUCUCCAGUUUAAAUAUAGUGUUAUCAUUAAAACACUGUUUUUAAACAGUCACUCAAAUUAGUAGUUCACAGCUACCUGUAAAGCUUAUUACUAAUUCUUUUAUAUUACUUUUGUAAAUAACCAUUGGAAAAGAGUUCUUGACAUGCUGCUUUUCUAUUACUUAAAGGCAAAUCUGCUUUUUGAGACUGUAAGAACCUCUUACUUUGGACAUUCCUGCCUAAUUUUUUAAUCUCCCCAGCAAAGUGCCUUCGUUUUUCUUGGAUGAGAUGUGUGUGAAAGUAUGUGCAAGAGAAAACGGAAGAGAGAGGAAAUGAGGUGGGGUGGGAGGAAACCCACAGGGACAGAUUCCCAUUCUUAGCCUGAUGUUCGUCAUUGCCCGUCAUAUCAAUGCAAAAGGUCCUGAUUCUGUUCCAGCAAAACACAGUGCAAUGUUCUCAGAGUGACUUCAGGAGCAAAUUGGACCCAAGAGCUUUAACUCAGUCUUAAAAUAUAACAGAGUUCGUAUUUUUUUUCCCUUUAAUAACCCAGACCACAUGUUGGAAAUAAGCUAGCAAUGUUGUUUUCUGACAGUAUUUGGAGUGAUGAUACGGUGAACCAGAACCUGACAAUGUGGCCAAUAAAAAAAUGACAAUAAUUAACUCACAUGCCAUGUGGAUUUGAUUUACAAUCACUCAUGGUCAUGUCUAUUAAUUUCUUCCCAAUCAGUUUUUCAAAUGCCUGUCAUUACAGAAGACAUUUCAAACUUUGGAUUUUUAAAUUAACUUUGGGUCACUAAUAUUUUCAGUUUGUUCAUAUAUUUUUUAUUUCUAUUUAAGUUUCAGUUCAUUUUUAUUACAUGUGCUGAGUAUUAGUUCCUCAUUUACUCUCUAAUACCCUUUCCUUCUCCACAUCUCCAGAAUUGUGGGCUGUAAUCAUCAUGCCAAAUCUCAGAACUGCACACAAAGAGUAUAUAUGCACUGUUUGUAAUGAAAUUGUGUUCAGUAGCUUUCUAAAAUGGUUUGGUUCAGAAUUUCAACAUACUGAUAAAGGCUGAAAAGAAACAAAUAGAUUUCUUGGCAUAAUUAAAACCAAGAUAAAAAAAGGUGCUAUAACUUUAAAACAUUAUUUCCUAGUAUUAAAACUAUUUCAUAUAGCAAUGGACAAAAAUAAUGUUAACAAUGAUGUUAAAGCUCAAAAGAUUUAUAAGUGGUUUUAGAUUUUCUCCUUUCCACACUGCUACUAAGUCAGUAUGUUCAAACAUCUUUUAGUAUUAGCAGCUUAUAUAUGGCCAAAGGAAUAUAGUUUAUAGCAAAAUAUGGAUGUGUUGUAACUAACUUUAUAAAGUUGUAAUAUAACCAUGUAAAAUAAUUAUACAUAUUUUGUUUUCCUGUGGUCACUGAAAGUGACAACUGCUGUAGUUGUUGAUUCCUUACUAUGUAAACAAAAUCAAUAAAAAUUUAAAUUGU